AUGAUCAUGGUAAUGAACACAUUUCGUUUUGUCAUUUGCUACUUUGUACUUGUUAAAUGCUGAAUGAGCGAGAAUGUGAAUACGAUAUAGUAUAAUAUAAUAUUAUAGCUUAACACAUCAUGUUACAUUACAUUGUUAAACAUAAAAACUAUUUUCAGUGACAAGUUGGUGAGAAGGCCGGUCUGAAGCCAAAAAAUUAAGGAAAAUCACGAGCACCCAUGCUCUAGCAAGCUUUUACAGCACACAGCUUUGACCUACCACAGUAGCUAUGUUGGGCAGCUGUACUUCAAACAACAUGCAGGCAGGAUGCUUAGGAUUCAAACCUUGUCAACGCCAAUCAACAUCCGCCGGUUGAAUAUAGACAGUGGGACAGUAAGUUGCAUUCUGGACAUUCUACCAAAAAUGUAGGGCUAUUUCUUUAUUAGCUGCAAAACUUCACAAUGUAAUUUUACAUUAACAUAAUUGAAAGAUUAUUGAUGAGAGCCUAUGUACAUUAUAUAUCAUCGUUAAUAAUGAUGUAUAGCCUAUGUAUAAUUGUAGGCUUCAAGGGACGCGAACACUCAUCAAAUGACACUUGAAGAUAGCGUGGUCUACUUAAACCAUGUUCAUGACAGACAGGAGACAGUACUUCAAGUCUCAGGAGGGAUGACAUCACAAUGGCUACUAGAACUCACCUUCAGCUCACCUCUGCUAAAUCUUAGUCUACUGGGCUAUGACCAAGAUGGCACCAUCUAGCGAGAUCCCACACAACUUUGCGAUUAUGAUUUUAUUUGUUGUUUAUCUUUAGUUUUUGUACAGAACGUUUCCUGUGUUUUUCAUAUUUCUUAUGUUUUUACUUUAUAUUAUUUUGUCUUUAUUAGGAUCCCCAAUUAGCUGCUGCCAAGGCAGCACACAGUUCGGACACUCAUCGGUACCACAAAAGACAUGCAACCAGUGGUCUCUUCACAGUCCCCAGGUCCAGAACAGGCAUGGAAUCGCACAGUAUUAAGAGUCUAUUGACUCACGGAAUUUGCAUUAGAGAUGUUUCUAUUAAAGAAAACCCUCUGUGUUCUAUUAGAUGAGUAACAUUCAAUCCAUUAUAAGGCAGAGGAUGUAAAUCCAUAACACUUCAGUUUUUUCAACAAUAGGUUAUGACCAAUGAUAUCAAAAGCUGCACUGAAGUCUAACAAAACAGCUCCCACAAUCUUCUUAUUUUCAAUGUUGUCACGACUUCCUUCGAAGCUGCCUCUCCUUGUUCGGGCAGGCUUCGUCGUUUGUCGUCACCGGCCUUCUAGCCACUGCCGCUCCUCAUCUCAUCAUUCCAUUUGUUUUGUCUUGUUUAUGACACACACCUGGUUCAUAUCCCCUCAUCAGUACCCGUAUAAGUGUUCCCUCUGCCCCCUUGUCUUUGUGUGUGAUUGUUUAUUGUGUGGAUUAGAUUAGCUCGGUGGAGCUCCUUGUAUUUUGUAUCACCGGGAUAUUGACCCGUGUGCCUCGUUGUUUUCCAGUGCGCCUGUAUUCCGCACUGGAUUGUUUGACACAUUGCUGCGUACCGCUGAGUUUACAGAAUAAACAUUUUAUUCUGUGAUUUGUCCUUCUGAGCCUGACUCCUUCAAAUCACUCACGACACAUUUCUGUCAGCCAAUCAUCAGUCAUUUGUGUCAGUGCCUAGCAUGUUGAGUGCCCCUCCCUUUUAGCAUGCUGAAAGUCUGUUGUUCAUUUGUUUUCUGUAAAAUAACAUUGUAUUUGGUCUAACACUAUUUUUUCGAAAGGUUUGCUAAGCACCGGCAACAGGCUGAUUGGUUGGGUGUUUGAACAAGGUUGCUUUGCUAUUCUUGAGCAGCAGAAGUACCUUUGCCUCCCUCCAGGCAUGAGGGCAAACACCAUAUUCUAGGCUUAAUCCUUAAGAGUCUAGUUCCAUCAAAAUCCCUCAGUUUAAGAGAUAUCUGUUUUUUUGCUUGGUCUGUGUCUCAAUCCACCACAUCCGCCUAUGUCAGCCUUCCAUGUCUGUGGUGGAGGGUGGCCAAGCUACAGCGGUGUUUGUCAGACAAUGAGACAUCCCAGAAAUGGCAACUCUGUGGAAAGAUGAGACUCUCACAUACACAAUGGUGUUCUCUGUUUUGCUCUACGACCCUCACAAGCCGUAGAGCAAAACAUACAUCCCGGGUACAAAGAGCAGGCGUUUCGCACAGAGCCAUCUCCACCUCAGUGCCCAGCUGGGCUGCAGUACGUGCCUGCUCUUAUCCGUGAUCGUCACACACGUCACCUUCCUCUGGUCACCCAAGUAUCGGUCGUACAGUACGCUGCCUGACCGGAAAGUACUGGUGGCCUACCUUGGCUAAGGACAUGACGGUGUAUGUCUCCUCCUGCUCAGUGUGCGCCCAGAGUAAGGCACCUAGGCACCUCCCAGCGGUUAAUCACAACCUUUACCAGUUCCACAACGACCAUGGUAUCACCUGAGUGUUGAUUUCCUUACCGAAAUCUUCCCCUCUCCCAAGGUAACUCCACCAUCCUGGUUGUUGUGGACCGCUUUUCCAAGGCCUGCCACCUCCUUCCUCUGCCCGGUCUCCCCACGGCCCUGCAAACUGCAGAGGCCCUGUUUACACAUGUCUUCCAGCACUACGGGUUAGCAGAGGAUAUAGUGUCUGACCGGGGUCCCCAGUUCACAUCCAAGGUCUGGAAGGCAUUCAUGGAACAUCUGGGGGUCUCGGUCAGCCUGACCUCUGCUUUCCACCCCGAGUCUAAUGGGCAGGUGGAACGGGUAAAUGAGGGGGAUGAGGUGCUGUCAUGCCUGGGUGGUUGGAAUCUUUGGCAAUUUUUUGGGCUGUAGAACUGUACAACCUUUUGAGGAUCUGAGGGCCCAUGCCAAAUCUUUUCAGCCUCCUGAGGGGGAAGAGGUGCUGUUGUGCCCUCUUCACGACUAUGCAGGUGUGUGUGAACCAUGUUAAGUACUUACUGAUGUGGAUGCCAAAGAUUUCUCCCUUUCUCCUUUAGUCCACAAUCAGCUCCUUGGUCUUACUGAAGUUGAGGGAGAAGUUAUUGUCCUGGCACCACACUGCCAAGUCUCUGAACUCCUCCCUGUAGGCUGUCUCAUCGCCGUCGGUAAUCAGGCCUACCACCAUCGUGUCGUCAUUAAACUUGAUGAUGAUGUUGGAGUCUUGCGUGGCCACGCAGUCAUGGGUGAACAGGGAGUUAAGGAGGGGUCUAAGCACACACCCCUGAGGGUCACCCGUGUUGAAGGUCAGAGCGGCGGAGUUGUAGGUGUAGGUUACCUUGGAGUUCUUGGGAACGGACAGUGGUGGUCAUCUUAAAACAUGUUGGGAUUACAGACUGGGUCAAGGAGAUACUGAAAAUAUCUGUGAAGACACUAGCCAGCUGGUCUGCGCAUGUUUUGAAAUCCAGCCCUGGUAUUCCGUCUGGCCUAGCGGCCUUGAAAGUGUUAAGCUGUUUAAAAGUUUUGCUCACAUCGGCCACAGAGAGCGAGAUCACACAGUCAUCCGGAACAACAGGGGCUUUCACCCAAGACAGUGUUGUAUUACUCGAACUGAGCAUUAAAGGCAUUUAGCUCAUUUGGGAGUUCUGCAUUACUGGGCAUCUCACUGCUGGUUUUCCCUUUGUAAUCCAUUAUCAUCUGCAAGCCUUGCCACAUACGAUGAGCGUCAGAGCCAGUGUAAUAAGAUUCUACCUUCCUCUUUUAUUGUCCUUCUGCAUGUUUGAUGUCUCUUCGGAGAUCGUAGCAGGCUUUCUUGUAUGUGUCCACGUCCUGUUCGUUGUAAGCAGUAGCUCUAGCCUUUAGCCCAGCGCGUAUCUGGAUUGUAAUCCAUGUUUUUUGGUUUGGAUACGUUCGUAUAGUCACUGUGGGGGCGACGUCAUCUGUGCACUUAUUGAUGAAGCCCGUGACUGAUAAGUAUUCUCCUCAAUGUCUGUACUAGCAAAACAGUCUUGUAACCUCACGUCUGCUUCAUCAGACCACUUCUGUAUUGAGCACAUCACUGGUACUUCCUGUUUUGAGCUUUUGUUUCUAAACAGGAAACAGGCCUCCACCCAGUACCCUACCCUGAACGUAGUCACUGUCACUAGACGGUUACCACCCGGUUACUCAACCCUGCGCCUUAGAGGCUGCUGCCCUAUGAACAGUUGAAGUUGGACGUUUACAUACACUUAGGUUGGAGUCAUUAAAACUAGUUUUUCAACCACUCCACACAUUUCUUCUUAACAAACUUUCGUUUUGGCAAGUCGGUUAGGACAUCUACUUUGUGCAUGACACAAGUAAUUUUUCCAACAAUUGUUUACAGACAGAUUAUUUAACUUAUAAUUCACUGUAUCACAAUUCCAGUGCGUCAGAAGUUUAAAUACACUAAGUUGACUGUGCCUUUAAACAGCUUGGAAAAUUCCAGAAAAUGAUGUCAUUGCUUUAGAAGCUUCUGAUAGGCUAAUUGACAUCAUUUGAGUCAAUUGGAGGUCUACCUGUCGAUGUAUUUCAAGGCCUACCUUCAAACUCAGUGCCUCUUUGCUUGACAUCAUGGGAAAAUCAAAAGAAAUCAGCCAAAAUCUCAGAAAAAAGAUUGUAGACCUCCACAAAUCUGGUUCAUCUUUUGGAGUGAUUUCCAAGAGCCUGAAUGUACCACGUUCAUCUGUACAAACAAUAGUAUGCAAGUUUAAACACCAUGGGAACACGCAGCCGUCAUACCGCUCAGGAAGGAGACGCGUUCUGUCUCCUAGAGAUGAACAUACUUUGGUGCGAAAAGUGCAAAUCAAUGUCAGAACAACAGCAAAGGACUUUGUGAGGAUGGUGGAGGAAACAGGUACAAAAGUAUCUAUAUCCACAGCAAAACGAGUCCUAUAUCGGCAUAACCUAAAAGGCCGACCAGCAAGGAAGAAGCCACUGCUCCAAAACCGCCAUAAAUAAAGCCAGACUACGGUUUGCAACUCCACAUGGGGACAAAGAUCAUACUUUUUGGAGAUAUGUCCUCUGGUCUGAUUAAACAAAAAUAGAACUGUUUGGCCAUAAUGACCAUCGUUAUGUUUGGAGGAAAAAAGGGGUUGCUUGCAAGCCAAAGAACACCAUCCCAACCGUGAAGCACGGGGGUGGCAGCAUAAUGCUUUGGGGGUGUUUUGCUGCAGGAGGGACUGGUGCACUUCACAAAAUAGAUGGCAUCAUGAGGAAGGAAAAUUAUGUGGAUAUAUUGCCGCAACAUCUCAAGACAUCAGUCAGGAAGUUAAAGCUUCGUCACAAAUGGGUCUUCCAAAUGGGCAAUGAUCACAAGCAUACUUCCAGGUUGUGGCAAAAUGGCUUAAGGACAACAAAGUCUAGGGAAUGGAGUGGCCAUCACAAAGCCCUGACCUCAAUCCUAUAGAAAAUUUGUCGGCAGAACUGAAAAAGCGUGUGCGAGCAAGGAGGCCUACAAACCUGACUCAGUUCCACCCUCUCUGUUAUGAGGACUGGGCCAAAAUUCACCCAACUUAUUGUGGGAAGCUUGUGGAAGGCUACCCGAAACGUUUGACCCAAGUUAAACAAUUUAAAGGCAAUGCUACUAAAUACUAAUUGAGUGUAUGUAAACUUCUGACCCACUGGGAACGUGAUGAAAGAAAUAAAAGCUUAAAUAAAUAUUUAUUUCUACUGUCAUUUUGACAUUUCACAUUCUUAAAAUAAAGUGGUGAUCCUAACUGACCUAAGACAGGGAAUUUUUACUAGAAUUAAAUGUCAGGAAUUGUGAAAAACUUAGUUUAAAUGUAUUUGGCUAAGGUAUAUGUAAACUUUCGACUUCAACUGUAUGUGACCAAUAACAUUUGAUUUGAGUGUUGAUGAGAUUUGCAGAAGGGAGGACGAGGGAGGGCCUUAUAUCCGUUUCUGUGGGUUGAAUGUACGUGUUCAAUAAAGUAUUGUAGCUUUAAGCCAACAACAUAUCUUGUAUACACUAAGUACAGUUUUACACAGGAAACCUUCAACAAGACAUAGUUGUGUCCCAAAUGGCACUAUAUUCACUACUUUUGACCAGAGCCCUAUUGCUAGAUUAUUAUGAGGUUAAUGGUGUUUUUUCACUUUAUUUCACUCCUGCCAUCAAAGACUGUAGAAGACGGACCAGAUAGUCCAAAAUAAAUUAUGAAAUCUUUCACAACGUCUACACACUACACUAGAAGAGGUCAGAGGUAAGGCCACUAUAGUAUCCCGACUGUAGAAGAUGGAUGUGAUAGUAAACUGGUCAGCUGAUCAAGGGGUAGAAAAUUGACCCUAUUGUUGUGUCCCACAUGGCACACUAUUCCAGCCACUUCUUUUGAACAGGGCUCAGAGGGCUCUGGUCAGAGGUAGUCAACUAAAUAGGGAAAAGGGUUCCAUUUGGGACAUAACUUUCCAUCCAUUCCUUUGUCAUGUUCUUCCAGAAAAACAGAAACUCACCUAGACGUCCAGGUGUGGUGAGAGAGAGAGAGAGAGGCCUCACACAUACAAAGAAAGUUAUGCUAGCUAUUCACCCUCUCCUCCCCUCUUUCCACUUCUCAUCCCCUCAUCUUCUCACAAAGGAAUGCUGCUGGUCCUACUCCAUAUCUCCCCCCAACACUUCAGCCUUAAGACACUGACCCAUCACCUGUCCUCCUCCCUUCCCCUCUCAGCUGCUCUCCUCCACUCCUCCCUCCUCUCUAUUACCCUGGUCCUGCAGCAUAUCUCCCCUCCAGCACCUCAGCCUUAAGAAAUUGACCCAUCACCCCAUAUGUAGAAUUAUAGAAUGAAUAGAAUUAGAAUGACAGCCAUUCCUGUUCCGUUGCAAUGUUCCGUGCUGCCUGGACCGGACCGAUAGCCUUAAAGGAGUUGUAGUUAAAAGGUGUCAUGUUAGGAAUGUCUCAUUCACUGAUUCUUAUCAGAAGCCUGGAUAAUAUAUAUACAUACAUACACUUUAAGUCGGAAUUUUACAUACACUUAGGUUUUUGAACCACUCCACACAUUUCUUGUUAACAAACUAUAGUUUUGGCAAGUCGGUUAGGACAUCUACUUUGUGCAUGAAAUUUUUCCAACAAUUGUUUACAGACAGAUUAUUUCACUCAUAAUUCACUGUAUCACAAUUUCAGUGGGUCAGAAGUUUACAUACAUUAAGUUGACUGUGCCUUUAAACAGCUUGGAAAAUUCCAGAAAAUGAUAUCAUGCUUUAGAAGCUUCUGAUGGGCUAAUUGACAUCAUUUGAGUCAAUUGGAGGUCUACCUGUCGAUGUAUUUCAAGGCCUACCUUCAAACUCAGUGCCUCUUUGCUUGACAUCAUGGGAAAAUCAAAAGAAAUCAGCCAAAAUUGCAGAAAAAAGAUUGUAGACCUCCAAAAAUCUUGUUCAUCUUUCGGAGUGAUUUCCAAGAGCCUGAAUGUACCACGUUCAUCUGUACAAACAAUAGAAUGCAAGUUUAAACACCAUGGGACCUGGAUAGCAUCCCAAAUCCCUAUGGGCCCUGGUCAAAAGGGGCCCGUAGGGCAGCAGAGUUGGCAGCACAUUUAAGACUAUUAAGCUAAAAUUAAGCUAAAAUUCCAGAUCUAGCUAGCUAGUGAUACUGCAUAUGAAGUCAAUCUAACGACAUCACAAUGAUGACGAAGGUUUUCCUACUAAUUAUUUGCCUCCUUCUGAAAUGUCAUUGUGUUUCCAAGCCAUUAAAUGCACUUUAAACUAAAUCCUUAUCAGCGGUAAUUAGGUAGAAUUAAGGAGAACGUUCAGUCGGGCAACAGUGCUCAAGAUAAUUUUAAUAACAAUAUUGUGACACAACGUGCAAUCCAUGAAUUUGUUUCAAAAGUUGUUCAUUUUAGAAUUAUAAAUACAAAUGACUACCUUCAAACUGGAUUUACCCCAACUCUGUCAAACAGGCAGCUAUCGGACAGGUCCAGCAGGUCUUUGGUUGGAGAGAUAGAAUGCGGGGGGGUUAAAGGAUGAGAGAGAGAAAAAGAGGGAGGGGUCUGACUGGACAGGUCCUUAAAAAGGAGAGAGGGGAAAGGUAGAACUCAACUCAAAGACAGGACAGAGAGAGAGAUACCAAGUGAAGACAUCUGAAGAUCUCAGAAGAAGUGAAGCUACAAGUGAAGAUUUCAGAAGGUGAGAUUUCAACAUCAGUUCAUAUAAUACUGUAUCUUUCUGCAUGCCAAAUGACAUCUUAUUUCCUAUGUAGCGCAUUACUUUUGACCAGGUCCCAUAGGGCAUAUGUGACCCUCAUCAAAUGUAGUGCACUACAUAGGGAAUAGGGUGUCAUUUGUGAAGCGCUCCCCUGAAUUCAAGAGCAUAGACCUUUCCUUACCAUUGAAGUAAAUAGUGAAUCUCAGAUAUUGGAUGCUUCCAAUUACUUUUGUAGUGCACUGUGGGCCCUGGCUGUUCAAAAGUAGUGCACUACAUAGGUAAUGGGGUGCCAUUUGGGGUACAUGCAUAUUCCUGUGUGCUAGGCUAAUCUCCUCUGUGGUGGAAGAGAUGAUACCUGGUAUUCCAUUGCCCUUCAUUAGCUGAAUCUGCUCUGAUGUGAUAGUACUGGAAUACAUCAGAUAAGUGGAAUGGCUGGGGGUACUCCAGGAGAGGUUAGGGAAACACUGCACUUACCUACACUCUGAAGUACUCACCGAAUUUGACUUGAUGGCUUCUCUUUCACUGUCUUUGUCUGUCUCUUUGUGUGUCUCUCGCGCUCUCUUUCUCUCUCAGGACACUAUCACCAUGGCAAUGUUGACCAUUCUUCUGCUUCUCAGUGCUGCCUUUGCACUGGGCAAUGCCUUAACUCUGGACGAAGCAAGUAAGAGAGUUCACCUCACACUUUACAUCAUUAUUUUAAAUGUUGUAGCAGAGGUGUGUGUGUGUGCAUGUGUGUUGAAUGACUGAUCUACAAAUAAUACUGAGUAGUUAUUUAUGAUGCCAGGUAGAUCAAUCAGUCUCGACUCACCUUUAAAGUUGGCUGCAAUUUGGAACACGCCCUGUGUCUUCUCCUUACAGAUUCUAUGGUGGCAUUUGCAGCAGAUAAAAAAAGCCCCUGCCCCAAAGGCUGGUUCCAGUUUAAUUCACGUUGCUUCAUGUUUGUCGAGACUAAAAGGACAUGGCCCGAAGCAGAGGUAUGAUGAUUACCCUCUACUGUGAAUUAAAGAAGUUCAAUUGAAAUCAACUCGCUUAUUUGGUUUGACGUUACCUUAAAGGUGAUUUGGUCUUAUUUUAACAGGCACCACAUGGAGGUUCAGUAUGUAAAAUCCUGAACCUCCCCUUUAAGUUGCCUAAUUUGAAUUUUCUAUAGGCUUUGCAAAAUGUAUUUAAUUUGUGGAGUCAGGCCUGUAUAUUGGAACCCACAGGUCAUGGGUUAAAACAGAGAUAAACUAAUAUCUCUAAGAGCCUAUUUAAAAGAACAUUAGUUGUGAUGGCCAAUAUUUGAUUGUGAGAAUUUGUGUUCUAGGACUCACAAAGACUGAACCACUGACUAAUACUUACAUUAUGUCUUUGUCCCUGUCUACUGCUUGCUUUAGCGCCACUGUAUGUUCCUUGGAGCAAACCUGGUGUCUGUGCAGAACACUGUAAAGUUCCUUGGAGCAAACCUGGCGUCUGCGCACAGCUCUGAGGAGUCCCAAUUUCUACAGGCGGUGGUGUUAAUCAAGACUGGCGGUUUCCCUCUUACCUGGAUUGGAGGAUAUGAUGCUGUUCAGGCAAAUGUGAUAAAGGUACCCAAUUGUCAUAUUUGAUCAAAAGUUAAAAUACCUUAAAAGAAAAUGACUCAACAGUUAAAGGUAUACUCUACCUGAACAGUUCAGCUAGAGUAUAAUCACAAAUUAAUAGGAUUUUUGUUAUACUCAUCAAUAUGUCAAGUCAGGGCCCGUACUCACAAAGUGUCUCAGAAAAUUAAUCCUGUUAAAACCUGUUUUAAGACAAACAACUCCCAACAAGAGUUUGGGGUGAUGUUUAAUAUACCGGUCAGACAAACUCUGAGCCAGGAGUAAAAUCAACUCAUUAAAGUUUAUCUCAGCUGGGAAUCAUUACAUUUUGAGGUACUACAAAGGAAGAAUAGUGAUGACGCUCUUUGACGUGUUACAAAUGAUGGGGAAUAACCAAUCGCAAUGAGACUUCGCCACCUGGGAACUCUAUUGCAUACUUCAGACUACCAUGGCGAAUGUGACUUUACAUCAAAUGUUGCAAUGGUAAAAAGUUUGAUAUAAUUGUCGCCUGACACAAUCUCUUUGCGUUCUCUUAAUUAUUUCCUAACAUGUUGGGAUGCAUGUUUUGUUUUACCAAUUCUGAUAUUUUGAAUAAUGUCAUAGGCAUAUUCAGGGUUGGGGAGUAACGGAUGACAUGUAAUGGAUUACACAAACUGUAAUCCAUUACAUUACCAGAAAAAAAGAUUGUAAUCAGAUUACAAAUACUUUAGAAAAACUAGAUGAUUACUUCUAGGAUUACUUUUCAAUUCAGAAUGGAUGUAUUUCUGUUUUCUCAAUGACAUUCAAAUCAGCGUUGAAUAAAGGCUCAAGUUUAACUUUGUUCCGCCUGAGUGAAUCUGACUUCAAAUCAGAGACCACUAUGAUACCAAAUGUGUUUGAUGGGUCGCGGGAAAAGAGCAGGAAUAGGCUUUUUUAGGCUACAGUCCAAGCUGUGUCUUCCAAUGGUGCAACUGCUGUCGGCAUCCAAAGAUUAUCCAACUUGAAUAAAAACUUGGAAGUUAGGAUGACAGCAGUGGUGUAGCAUGCGGGAGAUACGGCUAUCACUUAUUUUGAUAAUAUUACCGUUAUAUCCACACACUGGUCACUCCUAUUUAACAAUUCUGAAUGGCUUUGGAACAGUAGGCAUCAAGUUCCUUUCCGAUAAUAUUGCAUAAAUGCUUGAAAGGGCUAUUAUUUUUACCGAACAAAGCCCCUAGAUGCUUUCAAUUGCCCAAUUUUAUAGGCAUGCCCAAUUUAGGCAUAUUUUUUAACAACAUGUUAUUCCGCUUGAAAAACAUGGUUAAUGAAAUAAUCGGAAAGAAAUGUGAUUAUUUAUUAGCCUAGUGGUUACGAGUAUUUAGGCAUAUCAUGUGAAUAAGGCCUCAGGUGAAAUCAUUGUCUAAAGCGCAAGAGAUAUUGUUGCUUGUAGGUCUAGAUUAUUUAUGAGGUCAGAUCUACGUUUGGAAGAUCUUAUAGAUGUACAAAAAAAGUUCACUGCAGUAUCCACUGACACACAGUGGCUUAUAGUGGGCUAGCAUAGUAGGCUAGAGUGAGUACUAUAGCAUCAUAAACCAUACAUUGUUUUAAUAUCGAAAAAUGUUUCCGUUUUAACAUUCUGGAAGUUCUGUGCAGUGAUUUCAGUUUAGAAUGUUGAAGCCAACAAACACUAUUUUUUCCCUUCAGACAUAUUUGCACGUGUGAUAGAAGGGCACAUUAUGUACUGGCAUUUUUUAACAUGCUGCACGACGCUCCUCAGCUCAGCAACAACAACAAUAACAAUGGUGGUGGGGCGGUCAGUGGUGCUGUUUCCCCUACUGCGGAUUCCAUCUUUAAACGGUUGUACAUUACUUGUAUGUGAUUUCUUUGAUACUGAGACCUCACUUAUUCCCCACAGGACAGGCUGUGGUUCUGGAGUGACGGCUCCAAAUUUGAUCACCAGAGCUGGGCGAAAAAUGAGCCCAAUAACUAUAACGGUGCCAGAGAGCCAUGCAUUCAGAUGAACUUUGGAGGUACAGUAAGCCCACUAUAAAUCACUGAUCCAUUCAUCAAAUUAAACUUUAUUCAUAGUAAGUUUAACAAAUAAAUUUGACACAUACACACUUUUAUUUUAUUUUUGUGUGUACAUCUGUGUUGAUUUGAGGUAAUUUCUAUUCCACAUUUCCUCUUAAGGUGAACACCGCUGGAACGAUGAAUUAUGUGGAAAGAGCUAUCCCUCUGUGUGCUCCAUAAGAACCUGUUCAAUCCGUCAAACUAUCAACUGA